CUGGCGUCUUCCUGGCGAAGCUUGUAGUUGAAUUUUCUGUAACGCUAGGUGGCGGAGGCCACCGUCCUCUCCGAAAGGCUCAGCCUGAGGUGUCAUCUAUCCAGACAUGUCUCUUUCCGGCUUUUCCGAGCUGUCCAUCCAGUCAAUCACGCACCUGCCGACCUACACCGUGCUGCCGACCAACGAGGUUGGUGUCGACGUGCGCGUUGUUGGUGUCGUUACGCGAGCUCUUGUGAUCGCCGUCGAAACAAGUGCUAUGAGUCGGCUUUGACAUGAUGCAUAUAACACGUACGGCAUUCCAUCCAGUUUCAUAUGUCUCAUACACAUGUCCAGUUCUCUCGGCCACCGGCACGCUCCCAACACUUCACGACCAGUUCCCCGGACAAGUUUGCAAAGGAGAAACGCGAGAUUCUCCAGGCCGCCGAUCUGAGCCGCAAAGGUGCCAUAGAUGCUCGGAUCGAGCACGUCGUGGAGCAUCUGAACGCGCGUCCGCAGUACUACACCACCAGCUCCUGUUCGGGGCGGACAGUCCUGCUCUCUCAGGACAGUUCUGGUGAUACCGUGAGGAAAAAAGGGUGCGUAUGGCUCAACGUCAGCCACGAACUGUUGGGUCAAGGUGAAUUGGAGUUGUCGCUGUCUAGCCACACUGGCUCAGCAGUGCUCAAGUUCGAGCCUUUCAUCUUGCAUGUUAGAUGCCACACUUUGGAGGAUGCGAGAAAACUGCUUGCCACAAGCAUCGGUGCAGGGUGCCGCAAUUCUGGCAUCAUGAUCAGCAAGACUGGAAGUGUCCAUGUGGCCGUCAGGACCACUCUCUCGAUGGAAGUGCCGCUGUCCCAAAAUGGAAACCUCCUCGUCUCCGCUCAGUACCUGGAAUUCCUGAGGAGUGAGGCCAAUGCAAAAAUGGCAAAGAACUGGGCACGUCUAGAAAGGUUUUCUGCAGCACUGAAGGAUCUACAAGGGACGAGCAGACCUGGGGAAGUCCGUCGCGUCUUUUGUGGUGUUCGUCCUCUUCACCACGACAGAAGGAACAAUGCCGACGAAGUGAACGAUCCAACGGACUGUUUGGUCAGCCUGCCUUCUCUCUUCGACGGUGCCUUGUCCUCGUCAUAAACGCCAAGUGCCUGAAA